UUUACAAGACGAGCACAGCUACUACAGUUAGCCACAUCCUAAAAUCUACAACAUCUUUUAAACUACACAGCUGAUAUUAAAUCAUAAUGAAACCUGCGGUAGACGAGAUGUUUCCUGAAGGAGCUGGUCCCUACGUGGAUCUGGACGAGGCAGGGGGCAGCAGCGGUCUGUUAAUGGACCUGGCAGCGAAUGAAAAAGCGGUGCACUCUGAUUUCUUUAACGACUUCGAGGAUCUCUUUGAUGACGAUGACCUGCAGUGACGACAACAACCUAAAACACCUGUGAACGUUUCUGUGAACAUGUACAUAUAAAAAAUGGGCGCCGUAUUCUGACUUCAAGUUCUCUUCUUUAUUGUACAGCCCCCCCCCCUCUCCUUCCCCCUCUACCCCUACAUGUCACUCACCACUGUGUU